AUGUUUUUCUCUAAAUCAACCCUUCUCUCAGCUGUGGCCAUGCUCGCGAUGUCACCACCGCAUACGACUGGACACAUGAUCAUGAAGGAGCCCAUUCCUUUUGGCGAACAAACCAAAAACCCUCUCGCAGAGAAUGGCGCCGACUUCCCCUGCAAAGGCAUUCCUUACACCGUCAAUUCUAUGAAUGAAUGGCCCGUCGGCUCCACCCAAAAGCUGGCAUUUGUCGGCACCGCAACCCACGGCGGCGGUAGCUGUCAGGUCAGCGUCACGACUGACAAGGAACCCACCAAGGCCUCCAAAUGGAAGGUCAUUCAUUCCUUCGAGGGCGGCUGUGUAAACUCGUUCCCUGGCAAUCUCCCAGAGGCUGGCUCUGACUCCGACACUACCUUCCCAUUCGAGGUUCCUAAGGAGUUGCCUAAUGGCGAAUUGACAAUGGCGUGGACGUGGUUUAACCAUAUUGGAAAUCGAGAAAUGUACAUGGCUUGCGGCCCGGUUACGGUCUCUGGCGGUGCAUCAGAUACGAAAGAGUUCGAUGCGCUUCCUGAUAUGGCUGUUGCCAACAUCAACGCUCCUGGAUCCUGUGGCAAGACCCCGGAGGGCUUUGACUACACCUUUGCAAACCCAGGCAAUUAUGUGACCAAAGGUGGUAGCUCGGCCUUCAAGCCCCUCUGCGCAAACCAGGCUUCUGGCGGUGACGGUAGUAGCGGUGCUCCAGCUCCGCCAGCGGCAUCUCCAGUCGCACCUCCAACUGCUCCCUCCGCCGCACCACCCGUUUCCCAAGCCCCAUCCGCGCCCUCCUCCAUCGCCCAAACCUCCACCUUCCGCACCAUCGUCAUCGUCACCGCCCCCGUGGCCUCACCCCCAACCACCCAAGGCGGCAGCGCCCCCACCCCGUCCGCUACCCCUGCGCCCGCCCCCAAGCCUACGCCUCCCACUCCCAAGGUCCCCGCUCCGGCUGGAAACAGCACCGGUACCGCGUGCUCACCCGAUGGCGCCAUUGUGUGCUCUGCCGACGGCACGCAAUUCGCCGUCUGCAACUUCGGCGCUGCCGUCUUACAGCCCGUUGCGGGCGGUACAAAGUGCAGCAAUGGUACGAUUGCGAAGCGUGAGAUUGCGCAUCGCGCCCGGCGUAGUGUUGUCUAG